AUGCGCCCCGACUCGCGCCGCCUCCGACUGCGCUCCCUGGUCCUACUCCGGGGACCCGGGUCGGGGGCACCAGGAGCCUGGGCCCUCGAGGUUCGCCGCAGCUCUGCGCGACUCGGCGACCUCGGCCACACGGUCCCAGAGCUGCGCUCGGCGCUGCGGUUCGCAGCCCCGGCGCGCGCUGCCCGCGGGGAGAGCAGAGGCCCGAGCGCUCGGCUUGGGCAGAGCGGACGGGGCGGCCGAGGCCCCGCGUGCCCCCCAUUCCCACGGCUGCUGACCUGCAAACGUGGUGCCCGGGGGUGUCGAGCGCCCCGAGACUCUCUCACUUUCCUCGCGCGGGGACCCCAACGGUCACCGAACCCUGAGAGCGUGGACUCGGCCGAUUCGGCAGACGUCAGAAACCUCGGAGGCCGAGACCCUCCCCAAAGUCGCCGAGCCGCCUUCCUGCUCCGCAUGGGCAGUUACCUGGGCAAGCGGGGGUCCCCGGCGCCGUCCCCGGCGGAAGGGCGCACAGAUCCGCCCGCGGGGCUGGGGAACCGCCGGCCGGCUCAGCCCCUUCACCAGCUCCACCGGGUUCAGCACGUCCACCGCGCACACCCUGCCCCGCGGCUUGGACCUUCGAGAAGGCCGCGGGACUGGGACCCCGCCAAGCCCACCACGCGGGGCGUCAGCGAGGCCUGGAGGCGCUUCCCCAUGAGGAGGCCCCAGAAUUCCGUCGUGGGGCCUCUCCCCUCAGACUGGUGGGAGAGUUACUUGAAGCGCAGUGUCUGGUCUCUCCGGCACCCCAGGGCGGUAUGGAGCCCAGUGACCAUCAAGAUCACGCCCCCUGGGCGCAGAGGGCUCCCCUACACGUCCCCGGCACAGUCCUCGCCCUCUGGGAAGCCUCCAGGCAGGUGCGUGAAGGCGACAGUGCUGCGGGCCCUCCGAGACUGCGCAAAGGGGCGAACGGGGCCGCGGGAGCCGCUGCUCCGCGACAGGCCGCGCUGCGAGCGCGGGGCGCCCGGCUCCGGACCCUCUGCGUUUGAGCCUCUGGUCAAGAACGGAGUUCGCGCUUCCUUCGUGCCCAGGCCUGGGCCGCUGAGCAGAAGCUCCGCCUCGCGGAGCUCAGACCGCACACGCACGGGCGGCCCCCUGGGCUCCAAAAGAAAUGCCAUCACGAGCUCCUACAGCUCUUCUAGAGCUUCCUCCGAGCGUCGUAAGAGAAGCGUUCCCGGUGCAUCACUCCAGACUCCAGAGCGGCCAGUAAAAAAGGAAGAGAAAGGUCACCAGUGUCGCUCUCCCAUCCCACUGGGAUCAGAGGAGUCCCCAGCAGCGUCACGUGACAGCUCUGGGCAGCGCAGUCGGAAGAUGCCACAGCUGCUAGCUAGCCCUGGGCCCCUGCUGCCUCUGCCCCCGGCUCCCCAACGUGGUUAUGCAGCCUCGGAAGACCACCUGGCCCUGGGGACAAAAGGUGGACUCCUGUGGGGCAACGAAGCCAGAAAGGAUACAACAGAGGUCGCUGCAGACUCUGUCCGGGACUCGCGGUCUGCUCUGCCACCUCCCCUGGCUCUCGCUCUGCCUUCUGCAGGCACAGCUCCAGCCCCGGGCCCAGAUUCCCAGGGGGAGACUCCAGGUCCCCUGGCCUCCCCACAGUCUACUGCAGAGGGUGUCAGGGUGGCCCUCUCACCCCUGCAGACACCCAGCUUGCUGGCCCCACUUGGCUGCUCACUGUCAGAGUCCCGUCCAGGCCCCGCUUCAGGGGCAAAGUCCCCAGCUACCGUCACCCUUCCGAUCCCUGUUUCUCCCGCAUCACCAGUCAUUGACACCACACAGCCACCUCCGACCUCUCAGGAUGACAGGUCUGCCAGGUCCCCACAGCCACCUGUCAUAAGCCCUGCACAAAGGUGUUUGUUUGGAAAGGUGAGACCAGCUCGCCAUCUUUCUGCAUCUGCACCUCCCGCUGCAACUUCUGCUGACCCCACGUCAAAACGUGUUUUCGGGCCCCCGCCCAGGAGCGAGACCGGAAACGCCUUACAUUUCAGAAAGGCCACCGCAGCAUCGUCACCUCCAGGCAGCUUAGCUCCCACCUUCGAGCCUGUCUUUGGCAGCGUAGGGCCGCUCAACACUAUGCCCGUGACAGGUGCUUCCUCCCCCAGGCAGCCCUGCUCUCCGGCUCCCCCUGCUCCUGCCCACACCUCCCACGACCUGGUCAAGGCCACCUCUGUAGUCGUGUCCACUGCCCCAGCCAGCUCAUCCAAAGACUCCUCUUGCAAGCCACCUCUGGGUUUUGAUGUAGUGAGUGUCACCAGUGCUGUGGACAGCACCCCCUCCCUCCCUUCCACCUGUCACACUUUCCUGCUCGGGGCCGCUCGCGCCUUCAGGGCCAGCUUCUCCACAGCUACAGGUUUCAUUUUGCCACCCCACCACCCCGCGGCCAUUCCUAGGGUGCACACAGUCGCCAUCUUUAGCCAGGCUCUUCCCACUGCUGCCCAGAUGACCGCUAGUAGAAGCACUGUCGGUUUUAGGGGUGUGGGCAGCCCUCUGUCAGCCUCUGCCCUCGUGACCACGAACCAGCCCGCACUGUCAUCCGGCAUCUCCAAUCUGACCUCAGCAUUCACAAUUCCCUUGGGGUCAAACUCAAAGCCACCUUUCCCACCAUCCCUGGGAGUCACUUCUCAGCCUGCAUUUGGGGCUGCAGGUGGACGAGAGCAAGGUCUCCUCCAACCAGUCCUUGGCCCAAGCUUCAAUAGCUCUUUCAUUUUUAAAAACUCAAAAGUGGAAUCCCCAACCCCAUCCCCAACUCCAACCCCAACCCCAAUCCCAACCCCAGCUCAGCCAGCCUUCAGCAGCCCCACACAGUCAGCCUUUGGGCUGUUGACACCCUCAGCCUCCACCUUUCACAUCCCUGCCAGCACCCCGCCAGACUCUGGAAGCACCCCAGCAUUUGGCCAAGCUAGUGCAACUUGUUUUGGACUUGUCACUGAGGCUCACCGGAGUGGGGCUUCGAGCUCAGUGUUUGGCAGCACAGCCCCACGGCCUUUUGCCUUUGGGGGAUUAGUGACCCCUAUGGACUGUGGGGAGUCUGGGGUCAGCGUGACUGCCCCAGACAGGAGCUCCAACUCUGGAGUGUUCUGCAUUGGAGCAAUGCCACGUGGGGCCACUCGCACCGUCAUGCCUUUUGGAAAAAUCUGGAGCCAGAACACCCAAGCCCUGACCAGCCAGAGCACUCCUUUCGCCUUGGGGAGGGCCAGCAUUUCUGCAAGAAGGGCUGUGUUUGGGGACCACCACAUCGUUCCCUUUGCUCAGAGCACCCCUGUCCCUGGACCAGUUAAGACAGGCAGAAGCCUUGGCUUUGGAGUCCCCUCACUAGCUGCCCAGGGCUCCUUUGAGAGAGGGUCUUUCAGAUCACCAGCCCCUUCAUUCUCCAUUGGUGCAAAACCAAAAACCCCAAAGAGUCGUGAGCAAGGGCACUCCCGAAGGCAUCACGCCCACAAGAAGUAG